AUGGAUUCUUACUAUUUUUUGCUGAACAACCAGCCGGAGUGCAGGACCAAUAUUUUUGAUGCACCGCGCCCUGGCCCCAUGCCUCGGCCAACUUUUAACAUCAAACUUCCAUCUAUCAAAGAGAUGAUGUCAAGUAAGAUCAACGAUCUCCCACAUCGUCAUCGAUCUAAAUUCACAGAUAUUCUUGCUGCAUAUGACUUGGAGGUUGACAAGUCAUGCGUAGCCAUAAAAGACAGCAUCGACAAAAUUAUUGUCAAGCAAUAUGACAUAGCAGACAAGUUUAUAGAAUUGAUAGACGAGGUACUACGUGCCGAGUCUGAAAAUUUGGAAAACGAGACGGAUGAGCCACAGCAACCGGGGAAUUCGGCUGAUUCAGCAGGACACACAGUUGAUGCCACCCAGCCCACACCCGAUAUGCCAUCCCAAGCUUCGCAGCUUGAGACCCAAAUGGGUGCUACUCAGUUUGAAGAAAUUCACGAAAGACAACAGCAUAUCCGUACAGUCCUUGAGACCUUUCCCGACGAAUCGGAUGUGGUUUCAGAUCAACAGAGAGGUGCAAUGGCAACAGAGGAAAUGGAACAAAAUGACAGUGGGCCAGUUUUUGACCAGACCCCAACUCCUCAUGUUGAUACACUCAAAGGUACUACAAACUCUGGAUCUGAUCCACCACUUACAGAGCAAGAGUGUAUCCGUUCUCUGUGGGAUUUAAUUUGUUCCAAGGACAUUGACCAAAGCAGGUACAUGUAA